AUGAAGCGGCCAGCUGCACAUGGAACUCCUGGAGCAGCGACUUUCGUGGAAUCAAAGUACACUGUGUGGAAACAGACCUAUUCCUCGAAGUCUGCCUGUUAUGAUGAUCUUGGUUGCGGCAAGUUCUGCAGAGGCCAUGCUGCCCGUGCGGUCAAGUCAUCAGGCAAAGUCACAUUUCUCAGGUGCCGAUUGCGAUCUUCCAAACCACCGUGCCACUGGUCUGCCAUGAUACGGGUGGCUUCGGAUGACUCAGUCGAGCUCUUGCAACUUGACGACCCGAAGUUUGCUGAGCACAACUCCAAGAGUGUUCUGCAAGGCAAAAGGGGAUGGGAGGACUUCCAGGAGCGCAAAACAGUAAGCAAGCUGCUGACCGACUGUGCCACCAGCAGACCACAAAGAGCCUUGCGAUCUGCUCGUUUGCUGGAUGUUGGUCCUGUGAAAAAAGUCCAGCUCAAGCAGGUGCAGAAGCUCAAAGAGAAUCUUGUAAAGAAAGUGUAUGGGUGCCGCGAAAUUGGACAGCUCAGGGAAGCUAUCAACAAGCGCAAAGCUCUGCCAGCAGCCCGCGACCGUGGCUACUUUUGCUACAGCUCUGUCUCCACUGAUGGCAAAAAAAACAAAGUAGCCAUGGUUGCCACAACACGGCUUUUGCAGGAAAGAUGGGUCAAUCAGCCUUCAUGUGUUGCUUCAAUGGACGGUGGCUUCAAAUUCAACUUGCUGGGCUGGCCACUUCAUGUGUUGGGCCAUGUCAAUGAGGCAGGUCAAUUUGGACUUUGUGCGCUGGGGCUAUCGUCAAAUCUGGAGCAAAAGACUGUUCAGAGCAUGCUUGAGGGAUUUCGCGAUAGCACUGCGCGUGUGACGCGGAGCAACACAAGGAAGAAACUGGCAAUGUCUGACGCAGAGGCUGCUUAUCGCAAGUCACUACGUGAGGUGUUUGGCGCCUCCAAUCUCAUGUGCUACUUCCACGUGAAGCAAGCCUGCAAGGACUAUAUUGUCAAGCAUGGGCAUGGUUCGGCCGAACAGAGGAAUGAGAUUUGGGACCUGGUCUCUGACGACAUCGAUGUGUUGCGAGGCGCACAGACUCUCGCGGACUUCCAGUCAAGGUGCGCGGCAAUCAAAGCUCAAUGGGAUGCGGGCAUUGUCUCAGAGCGCACUGCUUGGCUGGACAAAGGCAAAGAGGAACGCAACUUCCCGGAAUAUUUCGCGCGGCAGUGGGGCACACAGGUGCCAGACUGGUACAUAGGGGCGUCCAAUGCAGCCAUCGCCCCAAGCACCAACAAUGCCGCAGAGGCUUGCAUCAAGAACACACGCCUCGACGCUGGCAAUGUGGUCGCCGGCAUCGGGGAAAUCGUGGCUUUUCUCUUAUCUCAAGUCGAAGCUGUUUCACGCAACAACUUCGAUGCAGCAGCAGCUCGCGUGACUCCGCGGCCUGUUUGGCGGCGGGCCGCCGCCUUCAGCACACACAUUGGCACCCAACUUGUGCGCAAAGUUGAGCAGGAUGGACAGGCUUGGUAUGUUUGCAGCCCGCGAGAAGACCCGAGCGAUGAAGACGUCGGUGCCCGCAAAGUCUUGAGCACGGUCUCUGCAACAGCCCUUGUCAAAGCCUUCUGCGCUCAGCGGCAAGGCAAGUGCUGUAAAACCCUAAACCCUAAACCCCAAACCCCAAACCCUAAUCCCUAA